AGGAUAUCUGAUAGUGUCUCCUCAGAUCAGAGCCUUCGGGUGCUUCUAUAUACUUGGAUUAAAGCUCAUGUACCUUUAACCCACAAAAGCUACGUGAGCUGGUCUACGAGCUCUGCCCCGUGGCCUGUUUCUCUCCUUUCCAUGCUCAUUCUGCUCUGGGCACGCUGGCCUCUGGACCCUUGACCUUGUCCCCUUGCACUUCCUGUUCUAAUGGCUUUUACCCCAAAUAUUAACACCAGUCACUUUUUUUGCCUCCUUCCGGCCUCUGUUCAUAUCGCAACUCUCUAGCAGACUCCUCUGGUCAUCUGAAAUGGAAACGGCCCUCCCCCUCCCCUUCCUUGUUUCCCAUGGCACUUUUACCAUUGGACACGAUGUGCAUUUUACUUAUUUCUUUACCCCUCGCCACUGCUGGGUGUGUGUGUGCUCACACACUCCUCCCUAAGGUUGAAGACCGGGCCUGUCUCGCAUUCUGCCGUAUCCCUGGGACGCCAGCUGUACCUGGUUCACAGCAGGGAUCCUGUCCCUGGUUCACAGCAGGGAUCCUGUCCCUGAGCAUCCAUACAGGUGCUCAGUACAUGCGCGACUGUGGUCUGUUCUCCUGGCCCUGGUGUUCCCGUUGGGACAGAGCACAUCAGUGGUCUCCCUGGACGUGGACAUCUACCGCAGUGGACAGGUCGAGAUGGCGAGUGACAAGCAGGCGAAGAAAAAAUGGGUCUGGGGUCCCAGCGGUUGGGGUGCCAUUCUGCUUGUGAACUGCAGCCCUGCUGACAAGGGCCAGAUUGUAGACAAGACCACGAAGGUGUUCUUUCCAGAGGAAAUAAAGAGCCUGUCCCAGAUGACCUUGAACGUUCAAGGGCCCGGCGACACUUUAAAGAAAUACCGACUGGUUCUCCACACCUCCAAGGAGGAGGCCGAGAAGGCCAGAGUCUACUGGCCCCAAAGAAACAGCUCGAGCACCUUCGAGAUGCUGCUGGGGCCUGGCCGGCACGCCUAUACAUUCGCCCCCCUGGAGGACCCCCUGAAGGAAACCUUCUACGUUGAAGCUGUGGAGUUCCCGUCUGCCGACUUCUCAGGCCUCAUCUCCUACUCGGUCUCCCUGGUGGAAGAAUCACAAGACCCGUCAGUUCCAGAGACCCUGGUGUACAAAGACACAGUAGUGUUCCGGGUGGCCCCUUGCAUCUUUACUCCCAGCACCCAGAUGCCUCUAGAGGUCUACCUGUGCAGAGAGCUGCAGGUCCAGGGUUUCGUGAACACGGUGAUGGAGCUGAGCGAGAAGAGUAACAGCCAGGUGGCUUCUGUCUAUGAAGACCCCAACCGCCUGGGCAGGUGGCUCCAGGAUGAGAUGGCCUUCUGUUACACCCAGGCUCCCCACAAGACGCUUUCCUUGGUCCUCGACACCCCUCGGGUCCUCAUGCUGGACGACAUCCCCAUGAAAUACUCCUUGAGCCCAGGGGUUGGCUACAUGAUCCAAGGCACCAAGGACCACAGGGUGGCCAGCAUGGACUCCAUUGGGAACCUGAUGGUGUCCCCACCUGUCCAAGUGGAAGGGAAAGAGUACCCCCUAGGCAGGAUCCUCACUGGCAGCUGCUUUUACCCCAGCAAGGAGGGCCGAGACAUGGGUAAGGCCCUCCGGGACUUCCUGUAUGCCCAACGAGUCCAGGCCCCAGUGGAGCUCUUCUCGGACUGGCUGAUGGUCGGUCACGUGAAUGAGUUCAUGUGCUUCGUCCCCACGCAGGACAAGAGUCAAGGUGACAAGGGCUUCCGGUUGCUCCUGGCCAGCCCCAGCGCCUGCUACAGACUGUUCGAGAAGAAACAGAAGGAGGGCUAUGGAGACAUGACUCUGUUUGAAGAGGUCCAGGAGGACCAACUCCUGUCUACCGGGCGGGAGGCCAACAGCAUCAGUCAACUUCUGGCUGAUGAAAACAUGAGGAAGCAAAACGACUAUGUAGAGAAGUGCAUUAACCUGAACCGCGCCAUCCUGAAGAAGGAGCUGGGCCUGGUGGAGAGGGACAUCAUUGACCUCCCGCAGCUCUUCUGCUUGGAGCAGCUGACGAACGUCCCCUCCAACGAGCAGAUGGCGAAACUGUUCGCAAGGCCCUACUUCCCUAACCUGCUGCAGAUGAUUGUGAUGGGCAAGCACCUGGGCAUCCCUAAGCCCUUUGGGCCCCAGGUCAAGGGCACCUGCUGCCUGGAGGAGGAGAUCUGCCAGUUGCUAGAGCCCCUGGGCUUCCAGUGUAGCUUCAUUGAGGACUUCGACUGCUACCUGACUGAAAUCGGGGACUUCUGCGCCUGUGCCAACGUCCGCCGGGUGCCCUUUGCCUUCAAAUGGUGGAGGAUGGUGCCCGAGCCCCAGGCCUAGCCCUGCCCCGGCGUCAACGGCCCACUCCUCGCCCUUCCACAGCAUUCCGAUGCCUUCCCUGUCCGGAGAGCAACACCCCCCUUUCUCACGCCGGCCACCCCUGUCGCUCAGUGUCCUGACGGGGUGGCAGACGCUGCCAGCUCGAGCCCCCUCGGCGGACGGUCUGCAGCUGAGAAGCAGUUCCUCAUUCUCCAUUAAAGUUCUAGCUGUUCUAAAUGCG